UUAAUAAGAAUGCCUAGAAGAGGAUUGAUCCUUCAGACCCGGACCCAUUGGCUGCUGCUGGGCCUGGCUUUACUCUGCAGUUUGGUAUUAUUUAUGUACCUUCUGGAAUGUGCCCCCCAGACUGAUGGAAAUGCAUCUCUUCCGGGUGUUAUUGGGGAGAAUUAUGGUAAAGAGUAUUAUCAAGCCCUCCUACAGGAGCAAGAAGAACAGUAUCAAACCAGGGCAACCAGUCUGAAACGCCAGAUUGCCCAGCUGAAACAGGAAUUACAAGAAAUGAGCGAGAGGAUGAGAUCAUUACAAGAGAGGAAGAGUGGAGGGACUAAUGGCAUAGGCUUUCAAGGCAACAAAGAACUAGCACCUACUGAUCUUUUAGAGUUUCUUCAUUCCCAAGUUGACAAAGCUGAAGUUAGCAUAGGAGCCAAACUGCCAAGUGAAUAUGGGGUCAUUCCCUUUGAGAGUUUUACCUUAAUGAAAGUAUUCCAAUUGGAAAUGGGUCUCACUCGCCAUCCUGAGGAAAAGCCAGUUAGAAAGGACAAGCGAGAUGAAUUGGUAGAGGUUAUUGAAGCUGGGUUGGAGGUCAUUAAUAAUCCUGAUGAAGAUGAUGAUCAGGAAGAUGAGGAUAAUCCCCUUGGAGAGAAGCUGAUAUUUAAUGAAAAUGACUUCAUAGAAGGUUACUAUCGCACUGAGAGAGAUAAGGGCACCCAGUACGAACUCUUUUUUAAGAAAGCAGACCUGGUGGAAUAUAGACAUGUGACCCUCUUCCGCCCUUUUGGACCUCUCAUGAAAGUAAAGAGCGAGAUGAUCGACAUCACUAGAUCCGUCAUUAAUAUCAUUGUGCCUCUUGCUGAAAGAACUGAAGCAUUUGCACAGUUCAUGCAGAACUUCAGGGAUGUAUGUAUUCAUCAGGACAAGAGGAUUCACCUCACAGUGGUGUAUUUUGGUAAAGAAGGACUGUCUAAAGUCAAGUCUAUCCUAGAAUCUGUCACAAGUGAGUCUAAUUUUCACAAUUACACCGUGGUCUCAUUGGAUGAAGAAUUUAAUCGUGGACGAGGACUAAAUGUGGGUGCCCGAGCUUGGGACAAGGGAGAGGUCUUGAUGUUUUUCUGUGAUGUUGAUAUAUAUUUCUCAGCCGAGUUCCUUAACAGCUGCCGAUUAAAUGCUGAGCCAGGUAAAAAGGUGUUUUACCCUGUGGUGUUCAGUCUUUACAAUCCUGCUGUUGUUUAUGCCAAUCAGGAUGGGCCACCACCUGUGGAGCAGCAACUGGUUCACAAAAAAGAUUCUGGCUUUUGGCGAGAUUUUGGCUUUGGAAUGACUUGUCAGUAUCGAUCAGAUUUCCUGACUGUUGAUUCACAAAUGCUAAUUAACCAGAAUAUUGUAGCUCAAACACCAGAAAAUUUGAUAAAAUCAGCAAAUAUAAAAACACUGGCAGAAGCAGAAACAACAGCACGUCCUUGUAGCUUGUGCAGACGAAACUACAUGGUUCCAAGCAUCAUUGCAAUUGGGUAAUGAUGACAGCUAGACCGGGGUGCAUUAGAAGGUUCAGAAAGUAAAUUAAACUAGAGGUUUAGCCUUAUAGAUACAUUGAUGCAUGUAAGCUGGGCUUACAAAAAAUGUUUUCGUUGUUAUAACUCCAAAACCCAGUGCCAUCGAGUCGAUUCCGACUCAUAGCGACCCUACUACAGGGAUUUUUUUUGUUUGUUCUUUUUUUAAAUUUUUUUUUACUGUGCUUUAAGUGAAAGUUUACAAAUCAAGUCAGUCUCUCGUACAAAAAGUUACAUACACCUUGCUAUGUACUCCUAGUUGGUCUCUCCCUAAUGAGACAGCAUACUCUUCCUCUCCACCCUGUAUUUCCCGUGUCCAUUCAACCAACUCCUGUCCCCCUCUGCCUUCUCAUCUCACCUCUAGACAAGAGUUGCUCUCACCUCUAGACAAGAGUUGCCCACAUGCUCUCAUGUGUCUACUUGAGUCAAGAAACUCACUUCUCACCAGUAUCAUUUUCUGUUUUAUGGUCUGGUCCAAUCCCUGUCUGAAGAGUUGGCUUUAGGAAUGGUUCCAGUCUUGGGCUAACAGAAGGUCUGGGGACCAUGACCUCUGGGGUCCUUCUAGUUUCAGUCAGACCAUUAAGUCUGGUCUUUUUACGAGAAUUUGAGAUCUGCAUCCCACUGUUCUUGUGCUCCAUCAGGGAUUCUCUGUUGUGUUCCCUGUCAGGGCAGUCAUUGGUUGUAGCCGAGCACCAUUUAGUUUUUCUGGUCUCAGGCUGAUGUAGUCUCCAGUUUAUGUGGCCCAUUCUGUCUCUUGGGCUCAUCAUUACCUUGUGUCUUUGGUGUUCUUCAUUCUCCUUUGCUCCAGGUGGGCUGAGACCAAUUGAUGCAUCUUAGGUGGCCACUUGCUAGCAUUUAAGACCCCAGACACCACUCACCAAAGUGGGAUGCAGAAUGUUUUCUUAAUACAUUCUGUUAUGCUUGUUGACCUAGAUGUCCCCUGAAACCAUGGUCCCCAGACCCCUGCCCCUGCUACUCUGUUCCUCGAAGUGUUCAGGCAUAUUCAGGAAACUUCUUAGCUGUUGGUUUAGUCCAGUUGUGUUGACCUCUCCUGUAGUGUGUGUUGCCUUUCCCUUCACCUAAAAUAAUUCUUGUGUGCUAUCUAAUUAAUGAACACCCCUCUCCCUCCCUCCCUACUCUGUAACCAUCAAAAAAUAUUUUCUUCUGUGUUUAAACUAUUCUCUGAGUUCUUAUAAUAGUGGUCUCAUACAAUAUUUGUCCUUUUGCAGCUGACUAAUUUUUCUCAGCAUAAUGCCUUCCAGAUUCCUCCGUGUUAUGAAAUGUUUCACGGAUUCAUCAUUGUUCUUCAUCGUUGUGUAGUAUUCCACUGUGUGAAUAUACCAUAAUUUAUCCAUUCAUCCGUUGAGGGGCACCUUGGUUGCUUCCUCCAUCUUUUUGCUGUUGUAAACAGUGCUGCAGUGAACAUGGGUGUGCAUAUAUCUGUUCAUGUGAAGGCUCUUAUUUUUCUAGGAUAUAUUCCAAGGAGUGGGAUUGCUGGAUCAUAUGAUAGUUCUAUUUCUAGCUUUUUAAGGAAGCACCAAAUCGAUUCCCAAAGUGGUUGUACCAUUUUACAUUCCCUCCAGCAGUGUAUAAGUGUUCUUGUCUCUCCACAACCUCUCCAACAUUUAUUAUUUUGUGUUUUUUGGAUUAAUGUCAACCUUGUUGGAGUGAGAUAGUCUUAUUGUAGUUUUGUUUUGCAUUUCUCUAACGGCUAAUGAUUAUGAACAUUUCCUCAUGUAUCUGUUAGGUGCCUGAAUGUCUUCUUUGGUGAAGUCCCUGUUCAUAUUACAGGAAUAUUUUUAUAAAAAAUAAUAAAUUUCUGCUGAAACACUGCACACAGGUUUUAUUGUCACUUUGGUGUCAUCCCCUCUGACAGCAUGACCCAGUGCAUUCCACACCCCUAGCAUCUCUCUAGUGAUGCCACUGGUUGUCCAUUCACCUAAGCCUAAAGAUGGCCCAGAGAACCUGGUCUAAGCUCCCUUCCUCACCCUAGCUUCAGUCUUAUCUGGCAAAAAAAAAAGUGUCAGAGAAUAGUUUGAUAAAGCAGAGCUGAAACCUGGUUCCAGGUCUCCUGAUUCCCUGGCUACCUUUCCACAUUAUACUAGAAGUCAUAGAAUACAUUUUAUGUGCAUUUUAUAUCCAUAUUACAUUCAUUUUUAUAAUCGGCCAUCUGUUUUGGAAAUCUUCUCCUUUUAUCUCUUUAUCAUUGUAAUAUUUCUAUAAUGGAGAAUCGGCAAAUGACAAAAAGACAUUAAAUGAAACUAAUGACCCUUUCCCAAUUUCUUGCUUAAUGAAACAGCAAGCAUUCAGAAUCCCUCAAAAACAGAUUUUUAUGCCUUUUUUUUUUUUAGCAGUAUCUUGAAUGCUUGGCAUUCCUGUCGCUUUCUUUUUUUUAAAUAGUAACUUUAUUGAGAUAUAAUUCACAUACCCUAAAAUUCACCUAUUUAAGGUGUAUCAUUGACAGAAUUGUAUAGCUGUCACCACAGUCAAGCAUAGAACAUUAUCAUCACCCCAAGAAGAAACGCUAUACCCAUCAGCCGUCACUCCAUUUCCCACUAUCCACCUUUUCCACUCACAGCUAGGCAACCACUAACUCACUUUUCACUUCUAUUGAUUUGCUUCUUCUAGAUAUUUCAUAAUAAUGGAAUCAUACAAUAUAUGGUAUUUUAUGACUAACUUCUUUGACUUAGCAUAAUAUUUUCAAGGUUCAUCCAUGUUGUAGCAUUUAUCAGAACUUUAUUUCUUUUUAUUAGCGAAUAAUGUUUGUUGUAUGGCUAUACUGCAUUUUCUUUCAGUUUAUCAGUUCAUGGACAUUUGAGUUUUUUCCACGUUUUGACUGUUCUGAAUACUGCUUCCAUGAACAUUCAUGUUUAAGUUUCUGUGUAGGCCUAGGUUUCCAUUUCUCUUGGGUUUUAUACCUAGGAAUAGAACGGCUGGGUCAUGGAGUAGCUGUAUUUACCCUUUAGAGGAUAUGCUGCACUGUUUUCCAUAGAGGCUGCAUCAGCUUGCAUUUCCUAGCAGCAGUGAAUGAGGCUUCUCAUUUCUUUGUAUCCUUGCCAGUUUAUGCCAUUAUCUGUAUUUUUUAGAAUAGAGUACUUUUAUUCUAGAUAGUCUCUUAUGAGAUACAUGACUUACAAACAUCUUCUCCCAUUCCAUGAGUUGUUUUUUCACUUCUUUGAUGCUAUCCUUUGAAACAAAGAAGUUUUUAGUUUUGAUGAUAUCCAGUCUUUUUUGUAGUUUUUCUUCUGGUGUCAUAUCUAAGAAAUCAUUGCCUAAUCAGGUUAUGAAGAUUUAUGCCUGUAUUUUCUUCUAAGAGCUUUAUACUUUUAGCCAUGGUAUUUUCAAUUGCAUCAUAUGCAUGUGAAAGCUGGACAGUGAAUAAGGAUGACCGAAGAAGAAUUGACACCUUUGAAUUGUGGCGUUGGCGAAGAAUAUUGAAUAUACCAUGGACUGCCAAAAGAACGAACAAAUCUGUCUUAGAAGAAGUACAACCAGAAUGCUCCUUAGAAGCAAGGAUGGCAAGACUGUGUCUUACAUACUUUGGACAUGUCUUCAGGAGGGACCAGUCCCGGGAGAAGGACAUCAUGCUUGGCAGAGUACCGGGUCAGCGGAAAAGAGGAAGACCCCCAACGAGGUAGAUUGACACAGUGGCUGCAACAAUGAGCUCAAGCAUAACAAUGAUUGUAAGGAUGGCUCAGGACCGGACAACAUUUCGUUCUGUUGUGCAUAGGGUCGCUAUGAGUCAGAACUGACUUGAUGGCACCUGACAACAACAACAGCAAAUCCAUCUUCAGUUAAUUUUUGUAUAUGAUGUGAGGCAGGAUUCCGACUUCAUUCCUUCCCAUGUGGUUAUCCACUCAUCCCACCACCAUUUGUUAAAAAGAAUAUUUUUUCGCUUUGAAUUAUCAUGGCACCUUUGUCAAAAAUCAGCUGACUGUAGAUAGAUGGGUUUAUUUCUGAACUCUCAAUUCUGCUCCAUUGAUCUAUACUUCUCUCCUUAUGCCAUUCCUCACUGUCUUGAUCACUGUAGCUUUGUAUUAAGUUUUGAAAUGGGAAAGUGUGAGUCCUCCAAUUUCGUUCUUAUUUUUUAUCAUUGUUUUGACUAUUCCAUAUCCCUUGUCUCUUAUGUAUUUUAAAAUCUUAUCAAUUUUAAGAGCAGCUUGUCAAUUUCUGCAAAAAAGGUCAUUGGAAUUUGUUCGGGAUUUCGUUGAAUCUGCGAUUGCUUUGUUAUUAUUGUCAUCUUAACAGUAUUGUCUUCCAAUCCAUACACAAUUUUAUUUAUUUAUUUAGAAUGUUGUUAGGUGCUGUCGAGUUGGCUCUGACUCAUAACAACCUCAUGUAUAACAGAACAAAAUGUUGCCCUAUCCUGUGCCAUCCUCACAAUAGUAGAUAAGUUUGAGCCCAUUGUUGCAGCCACUGUGUCAGUCCAUCUCAUUAAGGGUCUUCCUCUUUUACACUGACCCUCUACUUUACCAAGCCUGAUAUCCUUCUCCAGAGAUUCGUCUCUUCUGAUAAUGCAUCCAAAGUAAGUGAAACAAAGUCUUACUAUCCUCACUUCUAAGGAGCAUCCUGUAUGCACUUCCUCCAAGACAGAUUUGUUCGUUCUUCUGGCAGAAUUCAGUAUUCUUCACCUACACCGUAAUUCAAAUACAUCAGUUCUUCUUUGAUCUUUUUUCAUUGUCCCACUUACGCAUGCAUACGAGGCAAUUGAAAAUACCAUGGCUUGGGCCAAGUGCACCUUAGUCCUUAAAGUGACAUCUUUGUUUUUUAGAUUUUAAAGAGGUUUUUUGCAGCAGAUCUGCCUAGUGAAAUACAUUGUCUGAUUUUCUUGACUGCUGCUUCCAUGGAGGUUGAUUGUUGAUUGGAGUGUAAUGAAAUCCUUGACAAUAUUCAGUCUUUUCUCUGGUUAUCAUGAUGUUGUUUACUGGUCUAGUUGUGAGGAUUUUUGUUUUCUUUAUGUUCAGGUGUAAUCCAUACUGAAGGUUGUAGUCUUUGAUCUUCAUCAGUAAGUGCUUCAAGUCCUCUUCACUUCAGCAGGCAAGGUUGUGCCAUCUGAAUAUCGCAGGUUGUUAAUGAGUCUUUUUCCAUUCCUAAUGCUUCAUUCUUCUUUGUAUAGACCAGCUUCUGGGAUUAUUUGCUCAGCACACAGAUUGGAUAAGUAAGGUAAAAGGAUAAAACCCUGCCACACACUUUUUCCAAUUUUAAACCACUGAGUAUCCCCUUGUUUUGUACAAACAACUGCCUCUUGAUCUAUGUACAAGUUACACAUGAGCACAAUUAAGUGUUCUGGAGUUCCUGUUCUUCUCACUGUUACCCGUAAUUUGUUAUAAUCUACAUAGUUGAAUGCCUUUGUGUAGUCAGUAAAACACAGGUAAACAUCUUUCUGGUGUUCUCUGCUUUCAGCCAAGAUCCAUCUGACAUCAGCAGUCAUACCCUUUGUUCCACAUCAUCUUCUGAAUCCAGCUUGAAUAUCUUCUGAAUCCAGCUUGAAUUUCUGGCAGUUCCCUGUCGACGUUUUGCUGAAGCUGUUUUUGAGUUAUCUUCAGCAAAAUUUUACUUGGCAUGUGAUAUUAAUGGUAUUGUUUGAUAAUUUUCACAUGCCACUUUGAUCGCCUUUCUUUGGAAUGGGCACAAAUAUGGAUCUCUCCCAGGCAGUUGGCCUAGUAGCUGUCUUCUAAAUCUCUUGGCAUAGAUGAGCAAGUGCUUCCAGCGUUGCGUCCAUUUGCUGAAGCAUCUCGAUUGGCAUUCCAUCAAUUCCUGGAGUCUUGUUUUUCACCAGUGUCGUCUUCCUUCAGCACCGUUGGUUCUUGAUUAUAUGCUACCUCUUGAAAUGGUUAAACAUCAACCAAUUCUUUCUGAUACAGUGACUCUAUGUAUUCCUUCCAUCUUCUUAUGAUGCUUCCUGUGCCAUUCAGCUUUUUGUCCAUAAAAAUCCAAUAUUGCAACUCUAGGCUUGUAGUUUUUCUUCAGUUCUUUCAGCUUUUUCUUCUCUUUUGGGUUUGUAACUCCAGGUCAUUGCACAUUUCGUUAUAAUGCUUUGGUUUCUUGAGUCACCCUUUAAAGUCUUCUAUUUAGCUCUUUUACUUCAUUGUUUCUUCUGUUUGCUAUUGUUACUCUGCACUCAAGAGCAAGAUUUAGAGUUUUUUUUACGAGAUUGAUUUUGGCCUUUUAGAACGUUAUCAUCUUUUUAUUGUUUCUUUCUCAGUAUUUUGUAGUUUUUAGAGCACAGGUCUUACACUUGUUAAAAUUAUUUCUAAAUAUCUUUUUGAUGCUAUUAUAAAUGGAAUUGUUUUCUAAAUUUCAUCUUUGGAUCAUUCAUUGAAAGUACAUAGAAAUGCAAUUGAAUUUUGUAUAUUUAUCUUCUAUCUUGCAAUCUUGCUGAAUUUGUUUAUUCUAUUAGUUUAUUGCUAUGUAUAUAGCAAAUCUUGGGAUUUGCUAUAUAGAUGAUCAUGGCAUCUGUGAAUAGAGGUCAUUUUACUUCUUCCUUUCGUGUUCGUAUGCCUUUUAUUUCAUUUUCUUGCUUAAUUGUCCAUGCUGGAACCUAUAGUACAGUGUUGAAUAGAAGUGGCAAGAGCAGACAUCCUUGUCUUCUUCUUGAUCUUAGGUGGAAAGCAUGUAGGCUUUCACCAUUAAGUAUGGUGUUAGCUGCGGGUUUGUCAUUGAUGCCUUUUAUCAGUUGAAGAUGUUCCUGUCUGUUUCCAGUUUGUCAAGUGUUUUUAUCAUGAAGAGAUAUGUGUAUUUUGGCACAUGCUUUUUCUGCAUCUCUUGAGAAAAUCCUGUGGUUGUUGUCCUUUGUUUCAUUAAUAUGGUCUAUUACAUUAAUUGAUUUUCAGGUAUCAAAUGCACUUUGGAUUACUGGGAUAAAUUUCAUUUGGUCAUAUUGUAUAAUCUUUUAAUAUUGCUGGAUUUGGUUGGUGUUUUUGUUUUUGAGGAUUUUUAUGUCUCUUUUUGUAAGAGGCAAUGAUCUGUUUUCUUUCCUUCUGAUUUUUUUUUGUCUGGUUUUGAUAUCAGGGUGAUACUAGAGUCAUAGAAUGAGCUUUACUGAUUUUUUUUGCAUUAAGUGAAUUUUUCUAGUCUAACAUAUCUGGUUUAUUUGUUCUCCUCUUUUAUAUUUUGCAAGUGUUUAUGAGGAAUUGGUAUUCUUCUUUAAGAACUCACCAGUGAAGACAUCUGUACCUAGGCUUUUCUUUGUGGGUAUUUUUUUUUUUUAAUGGUAAUUCAGUCUCUUUUCUUGUUAUAAGUCUAUUCACAUUUUUUAUUUCCUCUUCAGUCAGUUUCAGUAUUUUUUGUCUCUCUAGAAAUCUGUCCAUGUAUUUAAAUUAUUUUUUUUAAUUUAUUGAUUUAUACUUCAUAGUAAUCUCUCAUAAUCUUUUUACUUCUGUAAGUACUGAUCCCUCUUUCAUUAUUUGAUUUUAGUAAUUUCAGUCUUUUUUUUUCUUGGUCAUUCCUACUAAAGAUUUGUCAACUUUGUUGAUCUUUUCAAAGAACCAACUUUUGUUUUCAUUGCUUUUCUCUGUCGCUUUUGUAUUUUCUAUUUCAUUGAUUUCCUCUCUAAUCUUUGCUAUUUACUUCUUUUUGAUUACUUUGUGUUUAGUUUGGACUUCUUUUUUCAAUAUUUUAAGGCAAAAGCUUAGGUUAUCAAUUUGGGAUUUUUCUUCUUUUUUAAUAAAGGCGUUUAUGGGUAUAAAUUUGCCUCUAAGGAUUGCCUUAGGUUCAUGCUGUAAGUUUUGAUACGUUGUGUGUUCAUUUUUAUUUACCUCAAAGUAAUUUUUAAUUUUCCUUGUGAUUUUUUUAUUCUUUGACUAACUGGUUAUUUUGGGUUGUUUUUCAUUUUCACAAAUUUGUGAAUUUCCCAAAUUUCUGUUAUUGCCAGUUUCAUUCCACUGUGAAUGAGACACACUCUGUAUGAUUUCAGUCCUUUUAUAUUUAUCGAGGUUGUUUUAUGGUCUAGCAUACAUAGUCUAUCCUGAAGAAUAUUCCAUGUGCAGUUGAGAAAAAUGUGUAUAUUCUGCUGUUUUUGCAUGCAGUGUUCUAUAGAUGUCUGUUAGGUCCGGUUAGUUUAUAGAGUUGUUCAAGGUAUCUGUUUCCUUGUUGAUCUUCUGCCUAGUUAUCCUAUUCGUUAUUUUAUCUUAUUUUUUGUGUGUGCUUUAAGUGAAAGUUUACAAUUCAAGUCAGUUUCUCAUGCAAAAACUUAUACACACAUAGUUAUGUGACCCCAGUAGCUCUCCCUACAAUGUGACAGCACACUCCUUCUCUCCACCCUGUAUUGUCUGUGUCCAUUCAACCAGCUUCUGUCCCCCUCGGCGUUCUCAUCUCGCCUCCAGACAGGAGCUGCCCACAUAGUCUUAUGUGUCUACUUGAGUUAAGAAGCACACUCCUCACCAGUAUUAUUUUAUGUCUCAUAGUCCAGGCUAAUCUUUGUCUGAAGAGUUGGCUUCAAGAAUGGUUUUAGUUUUAGGCUAACAGAGAGCCCAGGGGCCAUGACCUCUGGGGUCUCUCCAGUCUCAGCCAGACCAUUAAGUCUGGUCUUUUUACUAGAAUUUAAGAUCUGCAUCCCAUUUGUCUCUUGCUCUGUCAGGGAUUCUCUAUUGUGUUCCCUGUCAGGGCAGUCAUUGGUGGUAGCCGGGCACCAUCUAGUUCUUCCGAUCUCAGGCUGGUUUAUGUGACCCUUUCUUUCUCUUGGGAUCAUAUUUUCCUUGAGCCUUUGGUGUUCUUCAUUCUCCUUUGCACCAAGUGGGUUGAGACUCAUUGAUGCAUUUUAGGUGGCUGCUUGUUACUUUUAAGACCCCAGACACCACUCACCAAAAUGGGAUGCAGAACGUUUUCUUAAUACACUUUGUUAUGCCAGUUGACCUAGAUGUCCCUGAAACCAUGGUCCCUAGACCCCGCCCUGGCUACUUGGUUCCUCGAAGUCUUUGGUUGUAUUCAUGAAACUUCUUAGCUUUUGGAUUAGUCCAGUUGUGGUGACUUCCCCUGUAUUGUGUGUUUUCCUUCCCUUCAUAGAAAAUAAUUCUUGCCUACUAAUUAGUGAAUACUCCUACCCUCCCCCUUCCUCCCUACACUCAUAACCAUCAAAGAAUGUCUUCUUGUGUUUAAACCUUUUCUUGAGUUUUUACAAUAACGAUCUCAUACAAUGUUUGUCCUUUUGCGACUGACUAAUUUCACUCAGCAUAAUGCCUUCCAGAUUCCUCCAUAUUAGGAGAUGUUUCACAGAUUCGUCAUUGUUCUUUACUGUUGCGUAGUAUUCCAUUAUGUGAAUAUAGUAUAAGUUGUUUAUCCAUUCACCCGCUGAUGUGCACUAUCCUAUUUAUUAUUGAAAGUGGGAUAUUGAAGUUUCCAACUAUUUUUGUUAAAUUGCCUAUUUCUCCCUUUAAUUCUAUUAGUUUUUGAAAAGCUUCACAUAUUUUGGUGCUUUGUCGUUACAUGCAUAUCUGUUUAUAGGUGUUAUAUCUUCCCAAUGGAUUGACCCUAUUAUUGUUUUAAAAUGUUCCUCCUUAUCUCUAGUAACACUUGUUGUUCUAGAUCUGUUUUCUCUGAUAUUAGCAUAGCCAUUCCACUUUUUUUUUAAUUAAACUUUUUUUCAUUUUUAAAAUUGUGCUUUAAGUGCAAGUUUACAAACUAAGUCAGUCUCAUAUAAAAAGUUACAUACACCUUGCUAUAUACUCCUCGUUGCUCUCCCUCUGAUGAGACAGCCCACUCCUUCCUUCCACUCCCUGUUUUCGUGUCCUCUCAGCCAACUUCUAACACCCUCUGCCCACUCAUCUCCCCACCAGACAGGAGCUGCCCACAUAGUCUCAUGUGUCUACUUGAUCCAAGAUGCUUACUCAUCACCACUAUCGUUUUCUAUCCCACAGUCCACUCCAGUCCCUGUCUAAAGAGUUGGCUUUGGGCAUAGUUCCUGCUAACAGAAGGUCUGGGGACCAUGACCUCUGGGGUCCUUCUAGUCUCAGUCAGACCAUUACGUCUGGUCUUUUUACAAGAAUUUGGGGUCUGCAUCCCACUGCUGUUUUUGUUUCCUCAGGGGUUCUCUAUUGUAUUCCCUGUCAGGGCAGUCAUUGGUUAUAGCCAGGCACCAUCUAGUUGUUCUGGUCUCAGGCUGUAGUCAUCUCUGGGUUUUGUGGCUCUUCCUGUCCCUUGGGCUCAUAAUUACCUUGUGUCUUUGGUGUUCUUCAUUCUCCUUUGCUUCAGGUGGGUUGAGACCAAUUACUGCACCUUGCAUGGCUGCUUGGUAGUGUUUUAAGACCCUAGAUGCCACUCUUCAAAUUGGGGUGCAGAAUGUUUUCUUAAUAGAUUUUAUUAUGCCAGAUCACUUAGAUGUUCCCUGAAACCAUGGCCCGCAAACCCCCGCCCCUGCUAUGCUGGCCUUUGAAGCAUUCAGUUUAUUCAGGAAACUUCUUUGCUUUUGGUUUAUUUAGUCCAUUGUGCUAACUCUCCCGUGUUAUGUGUUGUCUUUCCCUUCACCUAAAAUAGUUUGUUACCUACUAUCUAAUUAGUGAAAAACCCUCUCCCUCCAUCCCUCCCUGCUCUCGUAACCAUGAAAGAAUAUCCUUUUCUCUCUUUAAACUAUUUUUCGAGUUCUUAUAAUAGUGGUCUAAUAUAAUAUUUGUCCUUUUGCAACUGACUAAUUUCACACACCAUAAUGUCUUCCUGAUUCCUCCGUGUUAUGAAAUGUUUCACAGAUUCAUCAUUGUUCUUUAUUGAUGCGUACUGUUGCACUGUGUGAAUAUACAUAAUUUAUUUAUCCAUUCAUCUGUUCAUAGGCAUUUUGGUUGCUGGCAUCUUUAUGCUAUCGUGAACAAUGCUGCAGUGAACAUGGGUGUGCAUUUAUCUGUUCGUGUACAGGCCCUUGUUUCUCUAGGAUAUAUUCCAGGGAGUGAGAUUGCUGGAUCCUAUGGUAGUUCUUUUUCUAGCUUUUUAAGGAAGCACCAAAUCGAUUUCUAAAGUGGUUGUACCAUUUUACAUUCCCUCCAGCAGUGUAUAAGUGUUCCAGUCUCUACAACCUCUCCAACAUUCAUUAUUUUGUGUUUUUUGGAUUAAUGCCAGCCUUGUUGAGGUGAGGUAGAAUCUCAUUGUAGUUUUAAUUUGCAUUUCUCUAAUGACUAAUGAUCAUGAGCAUUUACUCAUGUAUGUGUUAGCAACCUGAAUGUCUACUUUAGUGAAAUACCUGUUCAUAUACUUUUGCCCAUUUUUUAAAUGGAUUAUUUGUCUUUUUCUUGUUGAGUUUUUGUAGUAUCGUGUAGAUUUUAGAGAUCAGACACUGAUCAGAAAUGUCAUAGCUAAAAACUUUUUCCCUGUCUGUAGGUAAUCUUUUUAUUCUUUUGGUGAAGUCUUUGGAUGAGCAUAGGUGUUUUAUUUUUAGGAGCUCCCCAUUAUCUGGUUUCUCUUCUGCAUUGUUAGUAAUGUUUUAUAUACUGUUUAAGCCAUGUAUUGGGGCUCCUAAUGUUGUUCCUAUUUUGUCUUCCAUGAUCUUUAUCGUUUUAGAUUUUAUAUUUAGGUCUUUGAUCCAUUUUGAGUUCAUUUUUGUGCAUGGUAUGAGGUAUGGGUCUUGUUUUAUUUUUUUGCAGAUGGAUAUCCAGUUAUGCCAGCACCAUUUGUUAAAGAGACUGUCUUUUCCCAAUUUAACUGACUUGGGGCCUUUGUCAAAUAUCAGCUGCUCACAUGUGGAUGGAUUUAUGUCUGCAUUCUCAAUUUUGUUCCAUUGGUCUAUGUAUCUGUUCUUGUGCCAGUACCAGGUUGUUUUGAUUGCUGUGGCGGUACAAUAGGUUCUAAAAUCAGGUAGAGUGAGGCCUUUCAUUUUGUUCUUCUUUUUCAGUAAUGCUUUACUUAUCCUGGGCCUCUUUCCCUUCCAUAUGAAGUUGGUGAUUUGUUUCUGCACCUCACUAAAGAAUGUUGUUGGAAUUUGGGUCGGAAUUGCAUUAAAUGUAUAGAUCGCUUUUGGUAGAAUAGAUAUUUUUACAAUGUUAAGUCUUCCUAUCCAUGAGCAAGGUAUGUCUUUCCACUUAUGUAGGGCUCUUUUGGUUUCUUGCAGAAGUGUACUGUAGUUUUCUUUGUAUAGGUCUUUAACAUUUCUGGUAAGAUUUAUUCCUAAGUAUUUUAUCUUCUUGGGGGCUACUGCGAGUGGUAUUGAUUUGGUGAUUUCCUCUUCGAUGUUCUUUUUGUUGGUGUAGAGGAAUCCAACUGAUUUUUGUAAGUUUAUCUUGUAUCCCGAUAAACUGCAGAACUCUUUUAUUUGUUUCAGCAGUUUUCUGGAGGAUUCCUUAGGGUUUUCUGUGUAUAAGAUGAUGUCAUCUGCAAAUAGAGAUACUUUUACUUCUUCCUUGCCAGUCUGGAUGCCCUUUAUUUCUUUAUCUAGCCUAAUUGCUCUAGCUAGGACCUCCAGCACAAUGUUCAAUAAGAGUGGUGAUAAAACGUAUUCUUGCCUGGUUCCCAGUCUCAAGGGGAAUGCUUUCAGGGUCUCUCCAUUUAGGAUGAUGUUGGCUAUUGGCUUUGUAUAAAUGCCCUUUAUUGUGUUGAGAAAUUUUCCUUCUAUUCCUGUUUUGCUGAGAGUUUUUAUCAUGAAUGGGUGUUAAACUUCAUCAAAUGCCUUUUCUGCAUCAAUUGAUAAGAUCAUGUGGUUGGUUCUUGUCUUUUGUUUUAUUUGUAUGAUGGAUUACAUUAAUUGUUUCUCUAAUGCUGAAGCAUCUCUCUGUACCUGCUGUGAAUCCCACUUGGUCAUGGUGAAUUAUUUUUUUCGUGUGUUGUUGAAUUCUAUUGGCUAGAAUUGUGUUGAGGAUUUUUGCAUAUGAAUUCAUGGGGGAUACGGUCUGUAAUUUUCUUUUUUAGUGGUAUCUUUAGUUCUGGUAUCAGAGAUAUGCUGGCUUCAUAGAAUGAGUUUGGGAGUAUUCCAUCCUUUUCUAUGCUCUGAAAUACCUUUAGUAGUAGUGGUGUUAACUCUUCUCUGAAAGUUUGGUAGAACUCUGUGGUGAAGCUGCCUGGGCAAGGGCUUUUUUUUGGUUGGGAGUUUUUUGAUUACCUUUUCAAUCUCUUUUGUUAUGGGUCUAUUUAGUUGUUCUACCUCUGUUUGUGUUAGUUUAGGUAGGUAGUGUGUGUCUAGGAAUUCAUCCAUUUCUUCUAGGUUUUCAGAUUUGUUAGAGUACGAUUUUUCAUAGUGAUCCGGUGCGAUUCUUUUAAUUUCAGUUGGGCCUGUUUUAAUUUCACUCAUCCCAUUUCUUAUUCAGGUUAUUUGCUUCCUCUCCUGUUUUUCUUUUGUCAGUUUGGCCAAUGGUUUAUCAAUUUUGUUAAUUUUUUCCAAGAGCCAGCUUUGGGUCUCGUUAACUCUUUCAGCUGUUUUCUGUUUCAUUUAAUUCUGCCCUAAUAUUUAUUAUUUGCUUUCUUCUGGUGCCUGAGGGUUUCUUUUGUUGCUCUCUAUUUCUUCAAGUUGUAGGGAUAAGUCUCUGAUUUUGGCCCUUUCUUCUUUUUGUAUGUGCGCAUUUAUUGAUAUAAAUUGACCUCUGAGCAGUGCUUUUGCUGUGUCCCAAAGGUUCUGCUAGGAAGUGUUUUCAUUCUCCGAAUUUCUUUAUUCCAUCCUUAAUGUCUUCUAUAAUCCAGUCUUUUUUGAGCAGGGUAUUGUUCAGUUUCCAUGUGUUUGAUUUCUUUUCCCUGCUUUUCCUAUUAUUGAUUUCUACUUUUAUGGCCUUAUGGUCAGAGAAGUUGCUUUGUAAUAUUUCGAUGUUCUGGAUUCUGCUAAGGCUUGCUUUAUGACCUAAUAUGUGGUCUAUUUUAGAGACUGCUCCAUGUGCACUAGAAAAGAAAGUAUACUUGGCUGCUGUUGGGGGAGUGUUCUGUAUAUGUCUAUAAGGUCAAGUUGGUUGAUUAUGGCAUUUAGAUCUUCAGUGUUUUUAUUGAGCUUCUUUUUGGACGUCGUGUCCUUUACCAGAAGUGGUCUGUUGAAGUCUCCUACUAUAAUUGUAGAGCUUUCUAUCUCACUUUUCAGUGCUGUUAGAGUUUGUUUCAUGUAUCUAGCAGCCCUGUCAUUGGGUGCAUAAAUAUUUAAUAUGGUCAUAUCCUUCUGGUAUAUUGUCCCUUUAAUCAUUAUAUACUGUCCUUCUGUAUCCUUUUUGGUGGAUUUAAAGUUUAUUUUGUUGGAAAUUAAUACUACCACUCCUGCUCUUUUUUGGUUGUUGUUUGCUUGCUGUAUUUUUUUCCAUCCUUUGAACUUCACUUUGUGUCUCUAAAUCUAAGGUGUGACUCUUGCAGGCAGCGUAUGGACGGGUCGUCUUUUUUGAAUCCAUCCUGCCACUCUCUGUCCCUUUAUUGGUGCAUUUAGUGCAUUUACAUUCAGUGUAAUUAUAGAUAUGAGAUUACUGCUGUCAUUUUGAUGUCUUUUUUGUGUGUUGUUUACUGUUUCUUUUUCCUGCUUAAUUUUUUGUGCUGAGAAGUUUAUAUAUUGUCUUUUCCUCUUAUUCGUUGUUGUUGAUUUUGUUUCUGCUGAGUAUUUUUUUUUUUCUUGCAUUUUAUUUUGAUGAGUAGAACAGUUAGUCUCCCUUGUGGUUACCUCAAUAUUUACCCGUAUUUUUCUAAGUUCAAACCUAACUUUUAUUUCUUCAUAUCGCCUCGUCUUCAUCUGCAUAUGAAAGAUCUAUGACUACAUUUCUUAUUCUCUCAAUUGUUUUAAUGUCCUCUUUAAGUAAUAACAUUGGUGUUUUCCUGUUUUGAGCAUUUUUUAAUCUUGAUUGAUUUUUUUGAGUUUCCUGUCUGGGUUGAGUACUCUGAGUACCCUGUCCAGUGUUUUAGUCUUGGGUUGAUACCUGAUAUUGUUGAUCUUCUAACCAAAGAAGUCCCUUUAGUAUUUCUUGUAGUUUUGGUUUGGUUUUUACAAAUUCCCUAAACUUUUGUUUAUCCGGAAAUGCCCUAAUUUUGCCUUCAUAUUUGAGAGUCAGUUUUUCUGGAUAUAUGAUUCUUGGCUGGCAAUUUUUUCCUUCAAUGCUUUAUAUAAGUCAUCCCAUUGCCUUUUUGCCUGCCUGGUUUCUGCCGGGUAGUCCAAGCUUAUUCUUAUUGAUUCUCCUUUGUAGAUGACUUUUCGUUUAUCUCUAGCUGCUCUUGAAAUUCUCUCUUUAUCUUUGGUUCUGACAAGUUUGAUUAUAAUAUGUCUUGGUGACUUUCUUCUGAAAUCUACGUGAUGUGGAGUUCAAUGAGCAUCUUGGGUAGAUACCUUCUCAUCUUUCACAAUAUCAUAGAAGUUUUCUGCCAACAAAUCUUCAACAAUUCUCCCUGUAUUUUCUGUUAUCCCUCCCUGUUCUGGUACUCCCAUCACUCAUAGGUUCUUUCUCUUGAUGGAGUCUCACAUGAUUCUUAAGUUUUUUCAAUUUUUUAAAUUCUUUUAUCUGAUUUUUCUUCAAAUAUAUUGGUGCCAAGUGCUUUAUCUUCAAGUUCACCAAUUCUGCUUUCCACUUGCUCAGUUCUGCUGCUUUGACUUUCUUUGAGUUGUCUAAUUCUGUAAUUUUAUUGUUAAUCUUAGGAAUUUCUGAAUGCUGUCUCUGUGGAUUCUUGCAGCUUAUUAAAUUUUUUACUGUGUUCUUGAAUAACCUUUUUAAUUUCGUCAACUACUUUAUCUUUGUGUUACUUGGCUUGUUCUGCAUAUUUCCUGAUCUGUUUCCUAAUCUCAUUCCUGAUGUCUUGAAGAGUUUUGUAUGGUAAUCUUUUGAAUUCUGCAUCCAAUAAUUCCAGGCAGGCACCUUCAUCCAGAAGAUGCAUUGAUUCUUUGUUUUGAGAGCUUGUUGAGGCAAUCAUGUUCUGUUUCUUUAGGUGACUUGAUAUUGACUGUUGUCUCCAAGCCAUCUAUAAGUUAUCGUAUUAGUUUAUUUUAUGUUUGCUUACUAUAUCGUAGCUUCUUGCUUUGUUUUGUUUUGCUGUGCCUAAAUGGGUUGCUUGAGUGAGCUAGCUUAAUUAUUUUUGCCUUUGAAGCUCAAACGUCCUGUCCCCAGAUGGCUAGAACUGUUAUCAGGUGUAUCAGUCUAGGAGCCCAUUCACUUUUCCUAGGUGAAUUCAGCUCAGGUGUCCAGGUAGCUGAUCAUCAAGUGUGUGGUACUGGUUCUGUCCUGCAGUAUUAGGGGGCAGGGGGGAUUGGUGUAGGUUCCAGUAUCUGGUUGCAGCAGGGGGUCACACGGUUAACAAGGCAUGGGGAUGAGAAUCGUCCCCCAGGUGUCUCUGAGGAAAUUGUGUCCCUGCUCCCUAGAGUGUACAGGUGUGUGGGUUCUGCUGACAGACCGUGGGCACCCAGUGUUUUUGGUUGUAAGAACUGGGAGGUACCAGUUAUCCUUAGAACCUUGUCGUUGGUGGCUGGGAGACCUGAGUGGAGCCACCAGUCCUUAGGCCCCUGAUGUGGGUACGUGAGGACCCUGUUUAAUUGGUAAAAUGGUUUAAAACAUCAAACACCCACCUCUUCACUGCACAGCUGAAACAGUUGUAGUCUGCCUGCAAGGGCCUAUUCUCCUGAAAUAGGCCCACACAGGUCCAUGGGGGGGGGGGGAAGGUAUUCAAAGUCCAUGGACCGUUUAUGCCUGGACAGGAGGUGCUUCUCUCCUGAGUCCUCCACAUUAGUAGAGCUGGCAAAUUAUCUUUUCCCCCAAUUGCAAAUUUAUUCCUUCUCCAAGGCCAGGAGGAUGGCUCCUGGUGCUCAGCAGGGCCUGUCUGAGGCCCAGGGAAAUCAAUAGCCACUUAAGAUGGCUUGGGGCGGGGGGUGUGGUAGAAUAUAAGCAAGAAGUUAGCUUUUGCCAAAAGCACCAUUCUUCUCUGGUUCUGGAGGUGUGAGUAGGCUGUGCAACUGGCUGCUUCCUGAGGAAACUACGGCCAAAGGCUACUACCAACCCGCCCCAGCUGCUCCCAGGAAUUGUUCCUGAGGAAUCCCAGCGAUUUAAGUCCGUCAGCUCCUCUCUUGUGUACUGAAUCUUCCACAGUCUGUUUUCUACCUUUUCCUUUGAUGUUCUGCACUCUUAUGUUGUCAUAAACACAAUUGUUUCACUUGUUUUUUCGGGUCUUUGUUGUAAGAGGGACUAGCUGGAAGUGUCUGGCUAUUCUGCCAUCUGGCCCCGCCUCCCCCUUUUUUAAUUUUUUUUAAACACAGACUUAGGAAUGGAACUUGUUCGUCAUACUGGGGCUGUAUGUACAUGUUGUUUUAUACAGUUGCUUUUAAAGUUAUAGUUAAGGAAGAAUAAAUGCUUUUAUACUGUAUUUAUAAUCAUAUAAUUACCUUUACUGGCUUUUUUCUUUAAAUGUGGAUUUGAAUUGCCAUCUGGGGAUACUUUCUUUCAGCUUUAAAAGGCAGGUCAGCUGGACACAGAUUCUUUCAGUUGUUUAUCUGGAAAUGUUUUCAUUUCACCUUCAUUUUUGAAAGAUGGUUUUGAUGGCUAUAGUUUCUUGGCUGAUAGAUUUUUUUUCAUUUAGGAUUUUCAAUAUGCCAUUUCAUUGCCUUCUUUCCUUUAUUGUUUCUGAUGAGAAGUCAGCUGUUUAAUCUUAUUUUGCUUCUCUUAUUCAUGAUGAGUCAUUUUUCUUUGCUGCUUUUAAAAUUUUUUCUUUCAGUAAUUUUACUAUGAUGUGUCUGGAUGUGAAUCACUACUUUUAUCUUUUCUGGAGUUCCUUUAGAUUCUUUGAUAUGUAGAUUAGUGUUUUGUUCACAUAUGGAGAUUUUCAGCUGUUAUUUCUUUGAAUAUUUUUAUGCUCCUUUUGUACUAUCCUCUUCUGGUAUUUUCAUAGUGUUUUUUAGUGUGCUUUUUGGUGCCCUACAUUUCUCUGAGGCACUAUUUGUUUUUCUUCAUUCUUUCCCUCUCUUGUUCAGAUUUUAUAAUCUCUACGAACCUGUGUUGCAAUUCACUGAUUCUUUUAGUUCAGAUCUACUGUUGACCCCUGCCAUGAAUUUUUUAUUUCUGUGAUGUACUUCUUAACUCCAGAAUAUCUUGGUUCUUUUUAACGUAAUGUCUUUCUUUUCAUUAAUGUAUUCUGUGUGAUGAGACAGUGUCAUCAUACCUACCUUUACUUCAAGCCUGGUUUCUUUAGCUCUUUGCAUAUGUUGAUAAUGUCUGAUUUGGAAUCUUUGUUAAGUCUGACAUCUGGACCUUCUCACAGGCAGUUUUUGUUGCUUGCUUAAUUUUAGCAUAUGGGUCACACUUUUCCUGUUUCUUUGGAUGCCUUGUAAUUUUCUUUUUUAAACUGGACAUUUUAGGCAAUGUAUUCUGGAUACUGACCCCCUCCCAGGCUUCUUUUUGUUGCUUAUUUGCUAUAUGCUGUUAGAACAAUUUCCAGACACUUUAAAUGGUUGAAUUUUAAAAACACUUUUCAUCAAUUAUGGUUCUUGUCAGUGGGGGGUGAGUCUGAGGAGCACCUCAUACUGCCAUUCAGAAGUGGAACCUAGAAUUUUGUACAUUUCUGAAUAUUGCAAAAGCCAAGUAUUGUUAUACACAAUUAUAUGGACAUUGCAUUUUAUCAUUUUAAAUUUUGGAAUAGUCAAAAACCUAAAUUGCUUAGAAAAACACCAAAAAUUAGUUUAAUAGAAUAUAUUUAUUGUGAGUAUAUACAACUUGAAUUGGGCAGCAUCACCUGAACAUGUCAGGAAUGCACUCUGAAGAGGGGACAGUGAAAGUGGGUUGUUUUUUUAUUUAUUGACUUGGCUCUUGGCUAGACUAUUUUAGUGAAAUUUAUCUUCUCUCUUGCCCUCUGCAAUAUGAGGCCCUGAUGUCACUCCUAGGACAUGUGCACCGUCAGCGUGGUAUGACAGUGAUUUUGGCUACAGCUUUCUUUGUCUCCUUCUGUUAUUUCUCUGUUAAGCUGUUUACCGCUGUUGGCAUAAUUCCCAGCUGUUAGGUUCCAUUAAUUUCUGGUUGAUUGCUGUAUUGUCUUUGAUGAUAACCUGGAGCAUAAACUGCUUCACCAUCUAACCCAGUUAAAUUGGAGCUCUUUUGGAGUUUUCUAAGCAAUUUAGGUUUUUGACUAUUUUACAGGCCUCUUUACCCCCAGGUGGGCUCUUCUUAGCUGCCUCUUUUCCUGGUUUUCUCUGAUUAACUUGUUGGGAUACAGUUUAUCUUGUUGCUCUAAUGGAGCUACCAAUCUCCUCUUAAUUUCUUACUACCAAAGUCUCCAUUAUUAUUGAGAGCUCCUUUAGGCUUGAACUUCCUCACACUCUGAUUCCAAUAAAGUCAGUUCCUUUGGGGAUGACUUUGAAGCUCCCGGUUCUUAAGACUUGCCUUUUCCCCUGGGCAAAAUCUCUGAGACCAUGUUCCAGAGCUAAGGGUAAGGACAGUGCCACGCUUCUCUCAGAGUGAUACUCCUAUGAGCAGCUUUCUGGGUAGGUACAGUAGCCUCUGGACUUUUUGCCUUUCGUCUCCCACUGUGGAACCUUUGCCUUAUGAGCAAGGUGAGGCAAGAGUGAUGGAGCCCCAGUAUUCUCAGCCUGCCACAUCUGGGGUGGAGCCUCCACUCUAUGAGGAGGAAGGGGGCCCCCAGCAUCUGAACUUCACUAUCCUGGUAUUUAGUCUCUGUAGUUUGGAGCAGGGUGGGAGGCUUGAGGAAUGCUGGUGGCCUUCCCUCAACGUGAGAUACUGUAUCCGUUGACUAGGAGUUAAGAGGAGGGAGUGUUCAUCAUGCUGAGCUGCGAUUGGGUGUGGGGUGGGGAGUCAGUGGAUCAUGCCUGAAGUAACUCUCACUGUUCUUACUGAAAUUUAGUUGAUUUUCUUACAUAAAUAUUUAUUUGCUAUAUGCUCUUAGGACAAUUUUCAGAGACUUAUAAAUGGUUGAUUUUUAAACAGUUUUCAUUUAUUAUGUUUGUUUCAGUGGUGGGUGAGUCUGAGGAGCACUUCAUACAGCCAUUCAAAAGUGGAAGCUAGAAUUUUGUACGUUUACGAAUAUUACAAAAGCCAAAUUAUUUUUAUACACAAUUAUAUGGGCAUUGCAUUUUAUCAUUUUUAAUUUUAGAAUAGUCAAAAACCUAAACUGCUUAGAAAAACACCAAAAAUUAGUUUAACAGAAUAUAUUUAUUGUGAGUAUAUGUAACUUGAAUUGGGCAGCAUCACCUGAACAUGUCAGGAAGGUGCUCCAAAGAGGGGCAGUGAAAGUAGGUUAUAUAGGUCAUUGUUAUGUUAAUUUCUCAAGAGGUAGCAUCAAAGCCCAGGAUAGGUUACAGAAGCAGUCGCCAGGACAUGCCAUACAUUCUAAAACAGGCUCUAGUCAGACCCUGGCAUUCCUACUUCUCAAAGCUGGCUGGACAUAAUUAAAGAACCCAGUUCCUAAAGCAAAAAGUGCUGUGCUAAGCUCCAUGCUAAGCUGUUUUUUGACCUGAAGGUGACUCCAGGGAACCAGGUUCUUCAUGGCUCAAAAGUAUAUCCGUCUUAGUUAUCUAGGGCUGCUAUAACAGAAAUACCAGAAGUAGAUGGCAUUAAUACACAGACAUUUGUUCUUUCACAGUCUAGGAGGCUAGAAGUCCAAAUUCAGAGUGCCAGCUUCAGGGGAGGUCUUUCUCUGUCGGCUCUGGAGGAAGGUCCUUGUCCUCAAUCUUCCCCUGACUGGGAACCUCUAAGGCACGGAGAUCCCAGAUCCAAAGUACACACUCUGCUCCUGGUGCAGCUUUCUUGGUGGUAUGAGGCACCCGUGUCUCUCUGCUCACUUCUCUAUUUUGUAUUUCAAAAGAGAUUGGCUCAAGACACAGUCCGAUUUUGUACAUAGAGUCUUGCCUCAUUACCAUAUCUGCCACUAGUUCCGUUUCAUCAAUGUCAGAGACAGGAUUUACAACAAGUAGGAAAAUCACAUCAGAUGACAAAAUGGUGGCUAAUCACACAUACUGGGAAUCAUGGCCUACUAAAUUGAUACAUGUAUUUCUGGGGGACACAAUUCAGUCCAUAACAGCACCUAAGGCACAUGGCCUGGGUAGGUCACCCCAGUUCCGUGAACCCAGUAAUCUGGAUUCCAGGAGAAUCAAAAUAAUUUUGUCAUUCCUGCCAUCUGAUCAUGAUUCUGCUAUAGAAUCUUUGAUCACAAAUGUUCAGUAAUGGUAGCUGGGUACCAUUGAUUCCUCUAGCCUCUUGGCAAGUGAGACAACUGUUAAUGGAGGUAAUCAGACAUGGAGUCUAGUUCCUCCGCUCCCUGGCUUUCCUUUCUUCUGGUGCUCUAGAGGAGCAGAGACUAAUUGUUGCACCUUGGAUGACCCCUUGCAAGCUUUUAAGUACCCAUGGGCUACAUAAUGAACUAGGAGAUAGAACAAUAUUAGUCCUGUUUCAUUUUUUUGCAAAUGGAUAUCCAGUUAUGCCAGCACCAUUUGUUAAAAAAACUAUCUUUUCCCCAAUUAACUGACACUGGGCCUUUUUCAAAUAUCAGCUGCUCAUAUGUGGAUGGAUUUAUAUCUGGGUUCUCAAUUCUGUUCCAUUGGUCUAUGUGCCUGUUGUUGUACCAGUACCAGGCUGUUUUGACUACUGUGGCUAUAUAAUAUGUUCUAAAAUCAGUUAGAGUGAGGCCUCCCACUUUCUUCUUCUUUUUCAGUAAUGCUUUACUUAUCCAGAUAGCCCGUCUUUUGUUGAAAUAUUUUGGUGAGGCGUUUUCAGUGAGUCAGCAAAGUAAAACCUUAUCUGCAGAUGACAAAACUUGAUAUGCCUAUGAUUAACUUACAAUAAUAAUUCUUAAAAGUGGAAGAAAUGAUGAGAGUUAAUUACAAAAGUAAUGCAAAGGCAAAUAAAGUCAAAUUAAAAAAAACUUACAAAAAUAUCUCUAAACAUGAUGAAGGUUUUCAAAGAGCUUCAGAUAUAACUCAUAAUAAUCAUGAGGUGUCAGAUUAUAGUCAGGAUAUACCAAGAUUAUCAAGCCUGUAAACAUCUGAAUAGUUUAAAAAAAAAAAGUCCAUGGGUAAAUGAUAUGAAUGCCCAUUAAAACCAUUGUUAGAUUCAAAAGGAACAAAAUUGUGACCGAGUUUGCAAUUAAAAUAACUAAAAUUGUGACUGAUAAUACUACGUUUGUGUUGUCUAAUAUCAGACAAACAUCAAUGACGUAUUUUUAACCCCAAGAAAAUUUGGUGUGUAACUCAUAACACAUUAAAUACACCUUUCCCUUUUAACACUUUUCCCUUUAUAAACCAAAAACAAAUCUUUGGUGGCUUUCCACAAAGUUUCAGAGUUGUCAGGAGUUUAUUAUAGGUCACUAAGAAACAAUACUUGUGGCUCAGCAUGAACCCAAGAAUGAGGCACCGAACCCUUGCUUUCAAGGCAGAUUACACAAAAAAUAAAUCCGUUCUUCAGUAAAGAAAAUUUUGUUAGCAAGAAACCCAAUUUUUUUUUUUGCUUUAUAUGCUUUUGACACUAAAGCUCUUAAAAAUCUUAUAAAUUAACACGUCAGACUUAAGCCAUGGUAGAUGAAAACUUUGACCGUAUCAAAUAAAUUCCCUUUUAAUAAAUAUUUUAAGUUUUCUAUUUUUGUCACAUAUGUCUUAUAGUAUAACCCUUUAAGUGGCAAAAAUGAACACGCUCAGUAGGCCCAAAUAUAUAUGCAUACAUACAUAUAUAUAUUUUUUUCUUUUUCUGUGGCAUAAAAAACAAAAGUAUAUAAACUUAAAUUAUAAAUGAAUAUCUAUGAACUCAAUAUCAGUAAAUUACCUAAAGAUCUUGGAAAUUAUUUUAAGCCUAUAUAUCACAAGGAGCCCUGUUGGCACAGUGGUUAAGAGCUCGGCUGCAAACCAAAAGGUCAGCAGUUCAAAUCCACCAGCCACUCCUUGGAAACCAUAUGGGGCAGUUUUGCUCUGUCCUGUAGGGUAGCUAUGAGUUGAGAUGUACUCAACAGCAAUGAGUAUACUACAGAACAUAAUUACUGUUGAAAUAAAGUUUGUUUAAAUAGUCUUAUGUUUUCAUUCAAACCUUUACCAUUUCCUGUGUUAUCCUCCUCUAACUUUAGAUUUUAUUGACUGGUUUUUGGUAUAAAAGAUGUCUUUAUUCCACCUUACCAUUUAAUUUCAGGUGUGUCUCAUUGUGAUUUCUGUCAUUUGGCUUCUUAAAAUUCCUGUACAUUAGAGAGGACUUGUUUACAGUUUUUUUAUGAUGAUCCACCCAAUUUCUGAUAAUUUGUAUUAAGACAGGAUUUUUCUUAUUUUAAACUUCAUCAGUGUCUGCAUUAUUGUUUUCUUUUGUCUUAAAAAGUCUUCACCUGGUUGGUGGGGCUCUUUCUUCAAGAAGAUCCCAUGGAGUAACAUUGGCCUCAGGGGGUGUGUGCCAAGGACGCCUGAUCCUGCCCUGGCCUCCUUCUCUCUGGCUAGUUGUCAAAGAAAAGAAUGGAUCAAUCUCAGUUCAUUUACAUGUGUUUAGGUUGGCUUGGGUAUUUAGAAAGACAAGUGAUAGCCAAAUUAUUUUCCAUUUACCCAUUACUAUUCUCUUGGUGGAAACCCUGGUGGUGUAGUGGUUAAAUGCUAUGGCUGCUAACCAAAGGGUCGGCAGUUCAAAUCCGCCAGGCGCUCCUUGGAAACUCUAUGGGGGCAGUUCUACUCUGUCCUAUAGGGUUGCUAUGAGUCAGAAUCAACUCGACGGCACUGGGUUUGGUUUUUGAUUUAUUCUCUUGGCAAGCAGUUUUGCCUUUGUCACAACCUUUUAUCUGCCCAGUAACUACCAAAGCUCUUUAGCAAGUCUGCAAAUAAAUCCAUCAGUUCUUGGCUAGCUUUUUUUUUUUUUUUUACCUUCUCUAGGUUUGGCCUAUGCCUCCCACUUCUCAUUCUGAAACUAAUAAAAAUUGCUCCCUUUUCCCUAAGUAAAACACGUCAUGUAGUAUCUAGCUUAAGUUCCUAGAAAGGGUUUGCUUUAAAGAUUGACAUAGUACAGAACAUAAAAAUCUUUGUCAGAACAAAUGAACUUUAAUUCCUGGAAAUAUUCGGCCUAUUAAGUUUAUAUAAAUGCUUAUUUAUCACUAAACCGAUCAGAAUAAAGUUCUAAUCUAAUAUAAUACCAUUUGGAGGUAGGAAAUUAUUACAUUGUCGUAACUGUAUCUUCUGUGUGCUUUAAAGAAUUCUUUAGAAAAGCAAUUUAGAAUAAUUUGUCCUUUUUAAGGCAUUGUUAUAUCAAUCAAAAUAAACAAUCCAUCCUUUUUCAGUUCACUUUUCAAAUAGACCAAUUUAUAUCAAAGUUUCUCAGAAUAGCUACUGAAAACCCAGAUUAUAAGAGAGGCGCAGAAGCAGUUUUUCUUGGAUGAGUAAAGAUCUGAGAUUUAAAAAACUAGAAAAGAACUACCAUACAAUCCAGCAGUCCCACUCCUUGGAAUAUAUCCUAGAGAAAUAAGAGCCUUUACACGAACAGAUAUAAGCACACCAAUGUUCAUUGCAGUACUGCUUACAACAGCAAAAAAUUGAAAGCAACCAAGGUGCCCAUCCACGGAUGAAUUGAUAAAUAAAUCAUGGUAUAUUCACACAAUGGAAUACUACACAUCGAUAAAGAACAAUGAUGAUCCGUGAAACGUUUCAUAACGUGAAGAAAUCUGGAAGACAUGCUGACUGAAAUUAGUCAGUUGCAAAAGGACAAAUAUUGUAUAAGACCACCAUUAUAAGAACUGGAGAAACAGUUUAAACAGAGAAGAAAAUAUUCUUUGAUGGUUAAAAGAGGGGAGAGGGAGGGAUGGAGGGAGAGGAGUAUUCACUAAUUAGAUAGUAGAUAAGUUUUAUUUUAGGUGAAGGGAAAGACAGUGCACAAUACAGGAGUGGUCAACACAACUGGACUAAACCAAAAGCAGUUUUCUGAAUAAACUGAAUGCUUCAAAGGCCAGCAAAGCGGGGCAGGGGUUUGAGGACCAUGGUUUCUGGCGACAUCUAAGUCAGUUGGCAUAAUAAAAUCUAUUAAGAAAACAUUCUGCGUCCCACUUUGGUGAGUGGCAUCUGGGGUCUUAAAUGCUAGCAAGUGGCCAUCUGAGAUGCAUCAAUUGGUCUCAGCCCACCUGGAGCAAGGAAGAAUGAAGAACACCAAAGACACAAGUUAAUUAUGAGCCUAAGAGAAAGGGCCACAUAAACUAGAAACUACAGCAGCCUGAGACCAGAAGAACUAGAUGGUGCUCGGCCACAACCGAUGUCUACCCUGACAGGGGACAGGGAACUCAGCAGAGAACCCCUGAGGGAGCAGGAGAGCAGUGGGAUGCAAACCCCAAAUUCUCCUAAAAAGACCACACUUAAUGGACAGGAUAAAAGUGGAAAAAAAAAAAAAAAACAGAUUUAAGAUGGCCUCAUGAAAAAAGAGCAACUGCCAGCCAUGGCUUCCAACCUGAUACAGGAUAGAAACUCACACACAACACUCUAGACCAGAGGCAAGCUCAGAACAAAACAAGACAGAAGAACCACAUAAACAUACCAGUCCGUGAGGCCAGCUCAUAAACCAAGCUUAUAAAACAAAGCAAAUAGGGGACUUAGUUUCUUAAAAUGUCUACAGCAAUUCUUUGGUAAGACCAACCAAAACGUUA